AUGUCGCCCGGAUUGUGGCGGAGUUGCGAGACAGUGCUGGCAAGCUUCGGGUGGCGUUGCAAACAUCAAUUGCUGCGGAGUGGACGCCUUGUUGAAGCGGUGGCCCGUCGCCCGUUGGCCGUUGGCCGUUGGCCGAAGGGAUUCUGGGAUUCUGGGAUUCUGGGAUUCUGGGAUUCGGAUUCUGCAGGCCACCACCAACCACAUCACAUCACCCUGUCAGCCAUUCAUUGGAUGCGAGGGCAGAUUCCGGGUCCGACGCCGCCCCCUGCCUACCUACGUACAUAUAGCGAGCGAGCUGGCUUUGCUUCUUCGACCCUCCCUCGCGAACUCGUUCUCUUGCCAAGACAAACAACAGGGCCCGACGACGACGACGACGACGACGACGACGACGACGACGACAACAACGGCGACCGACAAGCCCCAGCCAUGCGCACCCUCGCUCGUGUCACGGUGCUCGCGGCGGCUGCGGCCUCAGCCGUGGCCAAGGAGUACCGCGCCCUGGUGUAUCGCGGCCCAGCGGUAUGCCAGAGCUGCCCCGGGGCGCUGGCGCAACUCCUCGAGUCGUCGCCGCACAAGCUGGCCGUGACGUACGCCGGCCCCGACGAGGACGUCAAGGUGACGCCCGACAGCCUGCGCGACGUGGACGUGUUUGCGUACGGCGGCGGGCCAGAUCUGGGCCGCGCCUGGGCGGAGAUCCGAGACUCGGCCCCCGCCAUCCGCGACUUCGUCUCCCGAGGCGGCCGCUACAUGGGCAUCUGCCUCGGCGCCUUCCUCGCCGGCUACACGCCGGGGCUGGGCCUGCUCCCGGCCGGCGUCGACGUCGACAGCGAAAUCAGCCAGCGCGGCUCGCAGGUCAGGAACGACUCCGACACCCUCAUCCAGGUGGACUGGACCUUCCAGUCCGACUCGGCCGGCCACGCCAAGGGCCAGACCAUCCGCGACCGCUGGGCCUACUUCCAGGACGGCGUCGUCAUCAAGGGCGUGUCCGCGUCCGGGUCCGCGUCCGGGCCAGCCGCCGCCAGCGACACCGCCGUCCUGGCACGGUACUCGCGGUCCGGCAACGUCGCUGCUUCGCGGACGCCCCACGGCAACGGAUGGGUUGUCCUCAUCGGCAUCCAUCCCGAAGCGACCUCCCAAUGGUACAACCGGUACAACUUGGCCAACCCCGAUGGCAUCCAGUUCGACAUCGGAUACGACUUUGUCGGUGCCGCCCUGGGGCCCGCCGACGGGAGCCCCGGGAACCGGAGCCAGAGCCAGGAGAGCGGAGCCUGCAGGGGCGGGCGCGGCGCGGCCCACAACCCCCUGGCCGGGCCGGUUCGCACGGUGAGCAAGGCCGGGCAGUUCUUUUUGACAUCAGUGCGCGCCGCGGCCUCGCUCGUCCGUGGACAGUGGCCGACUUCUCUCGUGCGCUGA